AUGGCGUUCCCUGCACAUGACAUUGGCGCCCAGUUCGAUUUUCCAAAAGAAGAGGAAAAGGUCCUCCAGUUCUGGAGAGACAUAGACGCGUUUCAGACCAGUCUUAAGCUGUCUGAGGGUCGACCAGAGUACUCUUUUUACGACGGACCACCAUUUGCCACCGGUCUUCCUCAUUACGGCCAUUUGCUCGCUGGAACUAUCAAGGAUAUCGUCACUAGACACGCCCAUGUCAGCGGCUACCACGUUACCCGACGCUUUGGAUGGGAUACUCAUGGUCUCCCUGUCGAGCACGAGAUCGAUAAACGAUUGGGCAUUACCGGAAAAGAAGAUGUUAUGAAGAUGGGAAUUGACAAAUACAACGCCGAAUGUAGAAGCAUCGUCAUGCGAUAUUCGAGUGAAUGGCGCCGCACCGUAGAGCGGAUGGGCCGAUGGAUCGACUUCGACAACGACUACAAGACACUUAACCUCUCGUUCAUGGAAUCCGUGUGGUGGGCAUUCUCCGAGUUGCACAAGAAGGGCAUGGUAUAUCGUGGUCUUCGAGUGAUGCCCUACUCGACUGGAUGCACCACCCCUCUCUCCAACUUCGAAGCUGGACAGGCAUAUAAAGAUGUCAGCGAUCCUGCGAUUACCGUCGCCUUCCCUUUGGUUGAUGACCCUUCAACCUCCCUCUUGGCAUGGACCACCACACCUUGGACUUUGCCCUCCAAUUUGGGUCUUUGCGUUCACCCCGAUUACACUUACAUCAAAAUUCACGACGCUGAGCGUGAUCAGAAUUUCAUCAUCCACGAGAACCUCCUCCGCACACUCUACAAGGACCCUAAGAAGGCCAAAUACAAGAAGUUGGCACAGUUCCAGGGUGCGGACAUGAAGGACUGGAGAUACGUUCCCUUGUUCGAUUACUUCACUGAGCAGUUCGAGGACAAGGCCUUCCGGGUCCUUGUUGAUACCUAUGUCACCGACGCCGAUGGUACAGGUAUCGUCCACCAAGCCCCAGCCUUCGGUGAAGACGAUCACCGUGUUGCUAUUGCUCACGAGGUGUUGCGCCCCGACGAGAUGCCUCCCUGCCCCAUUGACGACAAGGGUCACUUUACAAAGGAAGUGCGCGACUUUGAGGGUCUCCAUGUCAAGGCCGCAGACAGCCCCAUCCAGAAGGCAUUGAAGGCCAAGGGUCGACUCAUCGUUCAGUCUACUCUUAAGCAUAGUUACCCCUUCUGCUGGAGGUCGGGUACUCCCCUCAUCUACCGUGCCAUCCCAGUGUGGUUUGUCAAGGUUUCUCCUAUUGUCGAACAAUUGGUAGCAAACAACGAAGAAACGCGAUGGGUUCCAUCCUUCGUCGGCGAACACCGCUUCGGCAACUGGCUGGCGAACGCUCGCGACUGGAAUGUUUCCCGAAAUCGGUACUGGGGAACUCCCAUCCCUCUCUGGGUCAGCGACGACUUUGAAGAGAUCGUCUGCGUCGGCUCCGUUGAAGAGCUGGAAAGACUGUCUGGAGUCAAGGGCAUCACUGACCUUCACAGAGACAAGAUCGACCACAUCACUAUUCCCUCUCAAAAGGGCAAGGGUGUUUUGAGGCGUGUCGAAGAGGUAUUCGACUGCUGGUUCGAGUCGGGAAGUAUGCCAUAUGCCCAACUCCACUACCCAUUCGAAAACAAAGAGCUCUUCGAGAAGACAUUCCCUGCCGAUUUCGUCUCCGAGGGUAUUGACCAGACCCGUGGUUGGUUCUACACUCUGUUGGUUUUGUCCACCCACCUCUUCGGACGAGCUCCUUGGAAGAAUUUGAUCGUCACCGGAUUGGUCCUCGCUGCUGACGGCAAGAAGAUGAGCAAGAGCUUGAAGAACUACCCUGAUCCCAAUCUGAUCAUCGACAAAUAUGGUGCUGAUGCUACCCGAAUGUUCUUGGUCAACUCGCCAAUCGUUCGCGGCGACAACUUGCGCUUCCGCGAGGAAGGUGUCCGGGAUGUCAUUUCCCGUGUGCUUCUCCCGUGGCUCAACUCCUUCAGGUUCUUCCUCGGCCACGCUGCGCUUUACAAGAAAGCAUUCAAGGAAGAUUUCGUCUACAAUGCCCAUGCACCCCUCCCCAACAACGUCAUGGACCGCUGGGUUCUGGCUAGAUGUCAAUCCCUCAUCAAGUUGGUUACCCAGGAGAUGGCGGCGUACCGACUUUACACCAUCAUCCCCCGAUUGCUUGAGCUCAUUGAUGAGUUGACGAAUUGGUAUAUCCGAUUCAACCGUAAGCGGUUGAAGGGAGAGGAUGGAAAGGAAGAUACCUAUGCUGCUCUCAAUACCUUGUUUGAGACCCUCUUCACCCUUUGCCGAACUAUGUCCUCCUACACUCCUUUCCUCACGGAGAACCUCUAUCAAACACUCAAGCAGUACAUCCCUAAAGAUCCUAAAGCAGGAGAUGUUCGCUCUGUGCACUUCCUGCUCUUCCCCACCGUCAAGGAGGAGUACUUUGACGAGACCAUCGAACGCCAGGUCAAGCGCAUGCAGGCGGUCAUCGAGUUGACUAGGAAUAUCCGUGAGAGGAAUAACAUUUCCCUGAAGGUCCCUCUGAAGGAGUUGCUCGUCUUCCACCCUGACCCCGUCUACAUCGCCGACAUCCAAUCCCUCGAACGCUACAUCAAAUCCGAACUCAACGUCCGCGAUGUCGUCUUCACCUCUGACGAAUCCUCAUCGGGUGUCCGCUACAAGGCUGUUGCCGACUGGGGUGUGUUGGGCAAGAAGCUGCGCAAAGACCUCGGCCGGGUCCGCAAUGCCCUCCCCAAUGUCUCAAGCGACGCUGUCAAAUCCUAUGUCGAAACCGGCAAGAUUUCCGUCGACGGUAUCGAGUUGGUCGAAGGCGACCUCCAAGUGCAACGUUUCCUCGAAUUGCCUGCUGGCCUUGAAACUCAGUUCGCGACGCAGACGGAUAACGAUGUCGUUGUGAGGUUGGACAUCCAGAUCCACAAGGACCUCCAGAGUGAAUGGCUCUCCCGGGAGUUGACCAACCGCAUCCAAAAGUUGAGGAAGAAGGCAGGGCUGCAGGCUGUUGACGAGGUGGAUUACUUCUACCAGUUCAAGGAUGACGACGGGGCCGACAUCUUGGCUGCCAUUGAGGAGAACAAGGAAGCCAUUUUGAAGACUGUUCAUGGUCUUCCUAGAGAUGUCAAGGAGAAGAAUCCGGCCAAGGAGGUUAUCGCGGAGGAGGAGCAGGAGAUUGCGGAUGUCAAGUUUGUGUUGACCCUUUCGAAGCCUUGA